AUGAGAAUCAAUAAGUGCCUUAAAGUGUGUUUAGUGUUAUGCUGUGUUAUAGUUAGUAUAUCUGCAUUGAAGAAGAAACGAGGGUUGUACCAUGGAUUACCGGGUUAUAGUAUACCAUUAGGAGCCAGUCUAUACAAACCAUAUCACGCCAGUCCGUAUGCUAAAUUUCCCGGAUUUUAUAAGGGAUAUGGCGCCUUAUCACCAGGAUUUGCACUGUUCCCCGGUGGAGCAACGGUGGCAUCGUAUCAAAGAAACUUUCCAAAACUGCCGGCAGUUUAUACACCGCCGUACUUGCCUCCGCUUGGCGUUCAGUCGACAGUUCUACGUCCAGUUUCGAGCUUUGCUACAGUAGCUCCAGUGGCACCUUUUGCUCCAGUUGCGCCACUAGCCCCCGUAGCACCUGCAACACCAUUGGUACCGGCAUACCCGGCCGUGCCGCAGGUUCCAGUCAUCCAUACUCCUACAUACAUUCCAAUUGGAAACGCACAGCAAACCUCCUUCUUUGCAACCUACCCUCAGAAACCAAUUAUUCCUGUUGCCGUUCCUGCAGUUCCAGAGAAGCCGAAAGUGCCCAUUUUCAUCCAAAAGCCGCUCUAUACUGGCUUUCAAAAUGUCAUUCCAACAGGUGUGUUCCCUGCGGGAGUGUACAAUCCUCAAGUAGCAGUGUCAAAUGUUUCACCCACCUUCGUGGGAGUUCCCAUCGCAGGACCAACAGUUAGUACGCCUACAGUGUCGACAGCAACGGUAACUCAAACUGCUCAACAACCCUGGCGUCCGGUGGUUCUACAUCAUCCAACGCCGGCUCCGGCCACAACGACGGCAUUCAAACCGUCAAUCAACUUGCUACCUCCUUUCACUCUGCCCGCUGGAUCUCAGGGUCAAAUCUACAUCAGCAGUACACCCUCGACAAUCGUCCAUCAGGAUAGCCAACAGCAGCAACAGCAGACGUUGCUUGAUCUGGAACAAGCAUCCCUUCAUCAUCACAGUCAGGAAGAUGGGAACGGUGCUUUCAACGGUCAACCGUACGACGUAGCUUCGAACCACGGCAGGUACAGCGGUCCUUCCAGCUACGAUGUCGAUAUUACCCACAACGGAUAUCAGAAGAAAUAA